AUGGCACAAGAAUACCAGAUCAAGGGGCUCUCCAAGCUCGACCUCAAGAGCGGAGAGAAGCGCGAAGUGGAGGUUGAAGGAAUUGAAAAUGGCAAGGUCUUGCUGGCCAAUCUGAACGGCAAGACUCAUGCUAUGAGUGCCAAAUGCACCCAUUACGGAGCACCAUUGAAGUUGGGAGUCCUGAGCCCCGACGGAAGACUAACCUGCGCGUGGCACGGAGCUUGCUUCAAUGUCUCUUCGGGUGACGUUGAGGAUGCCCCAGCUCUGGACCCCUUGGCCAAAUUCGAGAUUGUGGAGAAAGACGGAGGGGUAUACAUCAAGGGAGAGGAGAGCACGAUCAAGGCGAACAGAAGGGCCGUCAAUACCAAAUGCAAGGCUCAGGGUCAAGAGAAGGUCGUGGUUGUGGGCGGAGGAAGUGGAGCAAUGGGCGCCGUACAGGCCCUCCGUGAACAGGAAUUCAAAGGCGCCAUCACCAUGAUCUCAAUUGAGCCCAGCCCUCCCAUCGACCGCACCAAGCUCUCUAAAGCCCUCAUGACAGACAAAUCCAAGCUGGAGUUGCGUCCUCAGGCAUGGUUCGAAGAAUCUUCCAUCGAAACCGUCUCGGACGAAGUUACCAGCGUCGACUUUGAUAAGAAAUCAGUCUCCACCAAAUCCGGCUCUUCCUACCCUUAUACCAAGCUCAUCCUCGCCACUGGCGGUGUACCCAAAUUACUACCGCUGCCCGGAUUCAAAGAACUAUCCAAUGUGUUCCUCCUCCGUUCGCUUCCGAGUGCGCAAGCUAUCGUCUCGGCUGUUGGCGAGAAGAAAGGCAAGAAGGUUGUCAUCGUAGGCUCUUCCUUCAUAGGAAUGGAAGUCGGAAACUGUCUAGCCUCGGGAAACGAUGUCACAAUCGUAGGCAUGGAAUCUCGGCCCUUGGAGCGCAUCAUGGGCGCCGAGGCCGGCGAGAUUUUCCAAAAUCUCGUCUCGAAGAAUGGUGUCAAAUUUCACAUGAACGCUGGUGUCGAGGCUGCCGGACCCUCCAAGGAAGAUUCCAAAAAGGUCGGCUCGGUCACUUUGAAGGAUGGUACAAUUCUGCCUGCCGAUCUUGUCAUCCUUGGCACCGGCGUCAGUCCAGCUACUGGUUUCCUGCAAGACAACAAGGCAGUGUCAUUAGAAAAGGACGGCUCUCUUCAGGUCGAUGAAGGAUUUCUUGUCAAAGGUCUAAAAGAUGUCUAUGCGAUUGGCGAUAUAGCAACAUUCCCCUAUCAUGGCCCCGGGAGCAACGGCAGCUUGACCCGCAUCGAGCAUUGGAAUGUCGCCCAAAAUGCAGGCCGCGCUGCCGCAAAGUCUAUCGUCUCACCUUCCUCCAAACCAAAGGUCUUCAUACCGGUAUUCUGGUCAGCACUGGGCAGUCAGCUGAGAUACUGUGGCAAUACUCCGAACGGAUGGGAUGAAUUGGUCAUGCAAGGGGAGCCGAAAGAAGGGAAAUUCGCUGCUUUCUACGGGAAAGGUGAUACCGUGGUGGCCGUGGCGAGUAUGAUGAUGGAUCCAAUCAUGAGCCAGAGUGCGGAACUGAUGAAGCAAGGCAAAAUGCCUGGGUUAGCGGAGUUGCGGAAGGGCGUGGAUGUCAGAGACAUCAAAUUGCCCGGAGAGAUCAAGAUGUGA